AUGAAGACGGUAUCAGCGGACCAGGUGCUUUCUGUAAUCAGUUCUAGUGUGAACCUAAAAGGAUGUUAUAUUCUGAAGGACGUUAGUUUUGCCGCAUGCAGCGGGGAUCUAUUGGCCGUGAUGGGGGAAUCGGGUUCCGGAAAGACGACGCUGAUGAACGUUAUCGCCGGACGUCAAACGCUUACGUCAGGAAAGAUUACGUUGGAUGGAGCUCCGUUUGGAAAGCAGCUGAGACGUCGGCUUGGUUAUGUUCUGCAGAAUGACAUCUUCUUCUCCAAUCUAACGCUUUGGGAAACACUUUACUUCACCGCCAUGAUUCGCCUCCCGGAGCGGCUCAGUCGAGAGGAGAAACUGAAGCGCAUUAACGAGAUCGUCGACAUUCUGGACAUCCGGAAAUGCCUACAUACAGUGAUGGGUGACAUGUUCACAAUGGGUUUAUCAGGGGGAGAGAAGAAGCGUGCCAGUGUCGCAUGCGAGCUUCUCACCGACCCCGACAUCCUUUUGCUCGAUGAGCCCACAUCCGGUCUCGACUCCAGCACAUCCCUCAAGCUGGUGAAGCAACUGAAAGACUUUGCCGUGACAUUAAACAAAACCAUCCUGGUGACAAUUCACCAGCCAUCCAGUCAGACAUAUCAUCUGUUUGACAAUUUGCUGCUACUCACACGCGGACAGGUUGCCUAUUUUGGAAAAGGGCACGGAGUACCAUUAGAUUUCCUCGGAAAGUUUGGCUUCACAUGUGAUGCUCUUUAUAACCCGGCAGAUUUUAUGCUUCCUAGCGAGCGAGGCUUGAUUUCAAAGGAGCGUUUAGCGGGAGCAUACCGCCUCUCCGCCUUCUACCUUGCAAGGACCGUUAGCGAGCUGCCCCUCACGAUCGUGAUUCCUACACUCUACUUUGCGUUCGUCUACUGGAUGGCUGGCCUUAAUGACGUCACUGCGUUUUUUAUGACUUGGCCGAUUCUCGUGCUGAGUGUAAUUAGCAUUCAGGUGACGAUUAAAACUAUUAUAUAUGCCUUUAUCUAA